AUGGUAAUUGCCACAGAGCCGGUUUGUGGGUCUGGCCAGCAGCAGUCGAUAACAGCAAAACGCGAUCGCAUUCCAACGACAAACAUGCCAAAGCAAAGAAUGAUUACGGCGCUUGCGCUGACGCUUUUGGCAGCGACCCUGAGCGAUGCAGCGCCCACCUCGAAGGCCGGCAAAAGGGCCAAUCGGGGAACAACUCAGACCAAUACUGAGUUAAUGACGACGACAGCGGCUCAAAUGGAAACAGAAACCUUCACAUACCCAACCUCGGACCUGGAUAUUCUGACCACAGACAGCACCAUGUAUAGUUCGUUUACUGAUGCACCUGCGGAUCCCACCAUCACCACCGAAGAACCACUGCCGGAUUCUGUAUUGCGGCAAUUGGAGCGUGAGAAGGCGCAUGAGAAGCACUUGAAUCAGACAGAGCACAUCAUCGAUGAGGGACCACCGGCAGUCUAUUUGGUAAAGCAAGUGGAGACUGAGCAUAAGCCUAAGCCGCUGCCCAAGCAGCUCAGCCAUAUGGGCAUGUCUUGGUCGGAGCCAGAGUUCACAACAAUGCCACAACAUGCAGCCAUAAAGGCAGCAGCUACAACAACAGACCCAACAACAAAGGCAGGAAGAAGGGCACCAAAAACAAACAAAAGACAAAAAACAACAACGCCACAACCUAUAGAUCCGCGUAAGGUUGCUAUCGAUAAAGUAGCCCGGGAAAUGUUUUUGAAAAAACCAAACCAAUUUGAGAGCAACGAGAACGAUUAUGAUUUGGAUAUGUCCGAGGAUAGAUUCAUCUUACAAACCGAGUUUGUGGAGCACACAACCCAAGCACCACUGCUAGACAUGAACGACAUAUAUCCAACCACUCACAUGAGUGCGCUCUAUGAAGAAGACAACGAGGAAAACUCCGAGCAAUUGGCACAGGCCACAACCAUGGUGCAUGGUUUCACGCAAGCUGACGGGUCAAUACUCGGCGAUGCAUCUUACCGCACAGAGACCACCACCAUAGCACUGACCACGACCGAAUCAUGGAUGAGUUCAGCCCGAGCUUCAGCAAGCACCACCGCCUUCACGGCCGAGCCCGGGGAGGAUGACACAUCAACGGCCGAGGUACGUGAACAGGGAGAGGAGGUAUAUGCGAUGACAGAGCCAGUGUUAAAUACAGAGACCCCGGAGCAGAUAGUCAAAAUAAAUACCACAGUGCCGGUGCUGGCCGAAGAGGUGGUUACCACACCAGUUUCCAGCGAAAACCCAAUUAUAGCCGAGUCUACGCAACCCUCCACCACAACGGGCUUUACAAUGCGCACCACUACGACAACGGUGCCAAUGCUUACGGAAAGCUUAGAUGAUGAAGUCACCACUACCAGCAACCCACCCAUAACCACAACAUUACCUAUUUUAGCUACCGAAUUACCUCACCAGAAGUCCCUAGCACACCUCCUCAAUGAGCAUGAGAUGCAGGCCUCCGCACAGCUUAAGAAAUACGCGCCGAUACCAAAUGAGGAAACGACUUUGCCUCCAACUACAAAUAUGGAACUCGGUCCCGAAACGACAACAGAGCCCGAACUGUUCAUCACUAGCACAAUGCCCGAGGAGAUCUACACGCCCACCACUAAGCUGAAUAUAUCCCGAACUAACUCAAAGCUCCUACAGCAUGCCACAGCACAUCUCGCGGAUGAGAUGAGUCCCAGCGAGAGUAGAGAGAGUGAUCAGCGUAUGGUGCCACUCACCACUGAAGCGAGCUUCAUUAUAACCACAGAUAGCCAAGAGACAAGCACAGAGAUCACAACUUCGCGUGCGGAAGCGAAAGCGACAGAGUCGAGCUCCCAGAAUGCCGAGCCUGUUCAACUACUUGUGGUGAGUGUGAGCAAUGAGGAAAGCAUAGGUGAUGGCAACAGUCAUGUCAAGCUGCUGGAAGCUAAUUUGAUCGAAGAGCCAAAGUUCGACGACAGCAAUGAGCUGGCAACCACCACAAACUUGCCGGAGAGAGCCACAACAAUACUGGCUCACACUACUACCAGUUUGCCGGAGAAAAUCACCACAAUGCUCUCAGUGGUACAGACUACGUUGCCACCACAGCCUGAGGUAACCACUCUACCCGUUGACAGAAGCAAAGGAGCUGAAGAUGUGGCUAAUGAUGAUGGUGAUAAUGUUACUCUAAGCAAAGUGACUAUCAAUCAAUUGCAAGCUGAGGCAUCAACAACAACCACCACUGAAGCAACAACAACUACCACUGAGGCAACAACCACAACCACUGAAGCAACAACCACAACCACUGAAGCAACAACCACAACCACUGAGCCAACAACAACUACCACUGAGGCAACAACUACUUCGACGACUGAGAAAGCAACAACUACAUCCGAAACUACAUCCACAACGGCACCGACAACAACCACAACAACAGCCGUACCCUUUACCACACCCACACCAACAACAACCACAACCGUGCCAACACCUUUGGCACUCCUCACCACUACAAGCGGUUCACCAAAUUUGUUGGAGACAACAACCACUACCACUCCAGCACCACCCACCACCACCACAGUCAAAAGCAGCUCGUCUGAGGAGCAGACAACUCUGUCUAGUGCAGUGGUUGGACCCGAAGCGCGAGCUCUCCACAAACCUGCUCCACACAUCGAACGCAUCUUCAACGAAGAUGGUGUGGAGGUGCUUCAUGGUUACUCAUCGGUGGUGCGCUCGAAUCGAACAUAACCACCAAAUAUAGACUAGACAAGGUCGAAAAGCCAUAACAAAUCUAAACACUAGCGAAAGAUGCUCCAACACACACACACACACACACACACAGACAUACUCAUGCACACACACACACACAUUCCGCUGCCAUCUUCUAAAUUCGAAAUGUGCUGGUUGUGAAAAUAUUUCAAAAAUUAAAUCUUGAAUACUGUGUGA